UGACGUGUGUAUGUGUGUGCAUGAAUGUUUUUUUAGAAGUGCUGUGAUUUGUAAAAUCGGACAAUAUGUCAGAAGUUCGAGGUUGUUCCUCAUUUUGAGUUUGAGUGUUCUUUGGCGUUUUCCUGGGUUAUUUAUAAUCAUUCUGCUUUUUGAAGUUUUUGUAUCGAGUCUUCAGUCUUCAUAAGGAGACGUACACUUCUGUAAACAUCAUUCAAAGUAAAUAUCAAACCGUUUUAAUUUAUAAUACUGAGUAAAUCUGCCAUGAAUCUCAGAUUUUCACUCAUGGUGUUAUUUCAGCUGUAUCUGAAAGGUUUAAAUGUUCAGACUGACACUGUGAGUGUUCAGACUGAAUCAGUUUGUGCUCCUGCAGGAUCAACUUUGUUUCUGGGGUCUGAAUGUUUUCUUUCUAGAUGGAUGUUUCAGUCAUGGAUACUCAGAACAAAUAAUAAAGAAACUAUAGUAGAUCCCAGUAAGGACUCCAGAUACAGAUAUAUUAAAGAUUUAUUUAAUUGGUGUUACCUAAAAAUUGAUCGUGUAAAAGAGACAGACGCUGGCACAUAUUACAUGAGCUUCAUGUACAGAGAAGGAAACGCCCAAAUUGGUCUAGCAGAAUUCACUGUACAUGUGACAGAUCUUCAGGUGUCUGUGGACUCUGAUCAUGUGACUGAAGGUCAAAACGUCACACUGACCUGUAAGACCAGCUGCCCUCAGAAACAAACCUUCAUCUGGUUCAAGAACAAGGUUCCUUUGAAUGUCCGCUAUUCCAGCGAUCAGCUGCAUGUUUCUGCGGUGAGUCGUGAGGAUUCAGACCGAUACUCGUGCGCACUGGAACACUUUCACAGUGUCACUCAUGUGGCGUAUGAAAGCGCUGGAAUCAUAACGCUGUCGUCGCUCCUGAUUAUUGUCAUGCUGCUGGUUUGUGCAGCUCUGUGGAUGAUGAAAAAAUACCAAAAGCUCAAAAGACCUGAAGGAAAAGAGCAAAGCAAACAGGAUGAAAAUGUGUAUGCAAAUGACACAAUACUGCCUGUGACCUUUGACCUGGAGGAGAAAGGAAAGUCAGUUCACCAGGAGGAGGAAGUUCAGUACUCUCAUGUUCAUUUCUGCAAAUUCACAAAUGCCCAGUUUACUGCAACUUCUGCACAGGAAGCUGAUGUUCAGUACGCUCAGAUCACAGUGCAAUGUCAGAACAACAGCGGUAAAUGCUGACAUGAUGAGUAAUAUCAACAUUUUAACCCUGCUUUAAGCCAGAGUUAUGAAGUACUAGUCUGAAAAAUUGAAUUUUGUUAAAUGGAAGAGCCUUUAGACAAAUCUAAAAAACAAAUGUGUUUUUUGUUGAGCAUCAUUUCUGAUACAUAAGGUUUUAUGGCUCAUAUAGUCUGAUAUAGUGCAAAUAUAAAGGAAAAAAUAGCUAAAUUUUAUUCAGAGACUCAAACUGAGCAAAAAUAUUCAAUUUGGUGCAGAUGCUGAUAUUUGAUGUUUGAUAUUUUAAAGAAGUCUUUUCUGCUCACUAAGCCUGCAUU